UUUCUUUGUCGUCAAAAAAACUCCUUCAGAUCAGGCACAGCCACGGCCACGGCCACAAACCACAAACCACAGCCCUCUUUCGCCUCUUCCCCCCCAAAACUCAACGCUUUCACUUUUUAUUACUCUUCCAACAAUCUUAAUUACCCGCCAAAACCCCUCUCUUUCUUACCUCUUAAUUUUCAAUUUUUCAAAUUCCCCUCUUCCCCCUUCUCCUUCUCUUCACCUACCACCUCCUUUUCCUCUUCUGGGUCUUCUCCCAUGGAGGAAACUGCCCUUGUUGAUGUCCAACCCGCUCUCCCCACCUCCGACAAGAGACCCAUUGAGAUUCAUGACGACAAUCAACUUGCGGAGCCUCAAUCCAGGAAGAAACCUCGGAAUGCUUGCGACUUGGGUCCCAAUCUCAGAAGGGUAGCUGAGAUUGUGUUGGUUAUGUCGACUAUGACGGCUUUGCGUGGUGGUAAGAAGCCCAGUGAUGCUGAGGUUGGAUUAAUGGCUGAAGCUAGGGCUAAGUUGGUUAGGAUUUGUGAAGGAUUGCCUCCGAAGGAUAUUGUGGGAAGGGAGGGUAUUAGUGCUUUGAUUGAAGACUUGGGGCUCCAUGCUAGGGAUCAGAAGUUAGGGUUUCGAGGUCCUAGGUUGACGAUAGCGGAGAAAUUGGCGCAGUCGAAGAAGAAGAUGGAAGAUUCCAAGAAAUAUGGCCCACCUCCGGGUUAUGGAUCCCAUACAACCCAAAAAGGUUCCAGUUCAUCAGUUGAGAGCCGUGGGCCAUUGCCUACAGUACGGAUGUUUCCCUCAGAAAAACCAGGUCCUGUCCCAGCUUCUGUGGGAGGUACUGCAGGUACUCUGCCUUCAGGUCAUGGUUCUGUUGCUGGUCCUACAUCUAUACAGGUUCAAGCGCAAACACCGAGCAAUGAAGUCAGAUCACAUAUUAUUUCAAGUGGAUAUUCUAUUGGUCGUCAAGGAAUGGAUUCUUCUUCACUCUUGCAUGGCACUGAAAGACCAUUAAAUGGAGCAUAUGGAUCUCAAAUGCAAGUUAACUCUUUGGCAAAUCAUCCUCUGGCGAGUGCUCCAACAUGGUCUGCUCAAACUCAGUCUGCUUUGACAACUAAAGGUGGGCCAGAGCACAAGUUUCCCAAUCAUUCUGCUGUUAAUGCUCAGGGAACCACAGACUCAAGGGCAUUAAGAUCGUCUUCUCAAGCUGCAAGGGACCAGAGCUUUAGACCUCCUAUUUCUCAAACUGGGACAGGAAAUCUUACUGGUUUGCAGCCGCCUUUACAGAACAUGAAUUUUGUGCAAGGACCUUCACUUUCUAAUAACCACAAUGAAAUUGUCAAAAUUAUUCAGAAGCUCUUACAGCCACAACUGCCUGAUCAUCCUACUUGGAAUCCUCCUUCAAGAGAUUACAUGAACAAAGCUGUGACUUGCCAAACUUGUCAAGUUACCAUUAAUGAGAUUGAUACUGUACUUAUAUGUGAUGCUUGUGAGAAAGGAUAUCACUUGAAAUGUGUACAGUCACCUAAUCAGAGAGCAAUUCCUAGAGGCGAAUGGCACUGCCCAAGAUGUUUAACUAUAAGCAAUGGGAAGCCUUUACCUCCUAAAUAUGGGCGUGUCAUGAGGAGUAACCCGCCACCAAAAUUAUCAGUCAAUACCAGUGGAACUCAGCUACUAGAGAAAAGAUCAGGAGCCAUAGAACAGAAGGCCAGUGCUGGUCAGUUGAAGUUGGUUUCUAAUGGAGGUUCAGAUUUGCCAACUCCUCAGCCUGCUGACUAUGGAAGCAAUGCAAAUGAAUCAUCUGGUAUCAAAAUUUCGAAUGUGGAAGAGAUUCAUGGAAAUAAUUUUUUACCAAUUAGGAAAGACAUAGAUGAGAAACCAAUACCAACUUCACCGACUUCCUUGAAUACCCCAGCCAAAUCCUUGGGGCUGGUUUGUGAACCCUCUUCUGGUGAGUUAUCAAGUGAAACAUCUGCUCAGCCCAUUAAAAGUUCUCAAGCAUCAAUAGGUGAUGAUAAAUCCUCAACGAAAGAAGAGCCUCCAGAAGAAUCCCAAACAACAGCUGACAGUUCUAGUCUUCCUAAACCCCCUGACAUUCCUCGAAUUGUUGAUCAGAAAAUGGUUUCUGCAGGGCCAGAAAUACCCUCCUCAACAGCAAGUGCUCAUGAUACUUCAAUCGUGAAGAAAGAUGAUCAUGAAGUUCUGCAGGAGAAUAAUGUUGAAAAUUUUGAAGCUAGCAUCAUAAAUAGAGAGCAGCCCGGUGCUUCUUCCAAUGACUUGCAUAAUGUUGAAUGGAUCGGUGAACAAUAUCAGAUUUUAGAUAUGAGGGCAUAUUACAAAUCCUGUCGAGUUGAUGGUGUGACAUAUAAAGUUGAAGAAUUUGCUCUUUUUCAAUCCAGCAACGGGAAAUUGAUGCCCUAUAGGCUUCAUUCCUUCAGCCAUGAAUAUGAAAGUGGGUUGAAAUGGGCUAUUCUUAAGAAGUGUUACUUUUAUGAGGACUUACCAAAGGAAGUUGCCCAUCUCCACCCGUGCUCACCUGAAGAACAUGAGGUAUAUACAUCCGAUGGCUAUAUUUGUUUAGAUCUGGGCUUAAUUCGAGGACCAUGUGAAGUUCUUUCUGUUGCAAAGUAUAAAGAAGAACUUGAAAGACGAAAACAAUUGAGUCCUGGGGAAGAUAAUGGAAUAAAGCCAAUUUUCCUGUGCAAAUGGUUUUAUACUGAAGCUAGUAAGGAAUUUGUACCUUUUACUGGCGCCAUUUGUGAAAACUUCUCAGUGACACAGAGUCAACCCUUGCAAGAAGAAAUACAGAGUCAACCGUCGCAAGAACAAAUACAGAGUCAACCUUCGCAAGAACAAAUACAGAGUCAACCUUUGCAAGAACAAAUACAGAGUCAACCUUUGCAAGAACAAAUACAGAGCCAACCUUUGCAAGAACAAGUUGAUGGAUGAAUGUUCCAAUACUCAAAUGUUUAGAAGUAGGUAGCUAUACUCCCAGUUUGUUUCUUCUUUGUGAGUGUAAUAUAAAGUUGUUUCUUGCCAAUACCCCAUAUGAAUCCCCAAGUCCUUUCUCUCUUAGGACCCCCCUGUUUGAAUAUUAUUGUAUCAUCUCAACAACACAUGCCUUGCUUUCACAACGAAAGAGGUGCCCUUGUAUUGUAGACGUUCCAUUUUUUUUAUAAAUGCCUGAAAUUUAUAAUAUAUACACAAAAUUUUCAGUGAA